AAAAUGUGAAGGUUUGUCUUCUGAUUCUCAACCAGCCUUUGGACAGAGGUCACAUCCAUCAUCUGUGGAGCAGAGCUGUUCUGAGAGCGUGUGCCGAUGGAGGUGCUAAUCGCCUGUAUCACAUCACAGAAGGAAGCCAUGAAAGAUUUUUGCCUGAUUACAUCAGUGGAGAUUUCGACUCUAUUAGGCCUGAAGUAAAGGAAUAUUACAAGGGGCAGGGCUGUGAGAUCAUAGAAACGCCAGAUCAAGACUUAACGGAUUUCACCAAGUGCCUUCAAAUACUCCAGCAGAAGAUAGAGGAGAAAGGGCUGCAGAUUGACAUGAUUGUGACACUGGGUGGACUCGGAGGUCGCUUUGACCAAAUCAUGGCAUCUGUAGAGACUUUAUUUCAUGCCACAAAGAUAACCCCCUUUCCCAUCAUUGUUAUUCAGGAACACUCGCUGAUCUACCUACUUCAACCUGGAAAGCACAAACUUCACGUGAACACUGGUCUGGAGGGGAAAUGGUGCGGCCUCAUUCCCGUCGGGAGUGCUUGCAGUGACGUCACCACAACAGGACUAAAAUGGAACCUCAAGGAAAGCGUUCUGGAGUUUGGGACCCUGGUCAGCACGUCAAACACCUACGACGGAUCCGGCAUCGUGACGGUCGAGACGGACAAGCCUUUGCUGUGGACGAUGGGCAUCAAGGAGGGCGCGUAGGAGGC